UCUGCCUCCUCCCUCUUCCCGAUGGCUUUCAGUUGUGGAAACGAAACUCCCCAUUCUUCAUUAGAACCAAACCGCCCCACUUCCCCGUCAUUCCAUAAUUCUCAGCCGGAAAAUAUUACUGGCUUUUCUUUACCUCUCCCGGUUUGCCCAUAACCUUUGCCCUUCGCGACUAACUUUCGCUAUACAGUUGCUGUCGGAGCUGGCCAGGAAGGCGACGACGGGAUUAAGGAAGGCCACAACGAGAUCGCGGCGUGCACAGUCCUCUGAAACCAUCAAGGAAGGUUUAAUUUAUUGAUGAAAAGAUGAGCGAUAGAAGGAAAAAUGUUUAUAGAAGACGCAAACAACCAAUUAUGAGCUCUUGCUCCUCUUUUUCCUAGGUUUUGCUCUGCUGCUCUGCUUCGUCAAGAAUCUGCCUUCAUCUCGCCAAAAUUACGUGCAACAGACGCCUGAAUCUCUCUUUGAUACAACUGUCAAGACCUUUUAAAGGAGGAAUAUAGAUAAUUUCUCCGGUUCAAAAUUCUGUCGUCACUAAUGCAUCAGUCAUGGCUUCUGCUAUUUUCUCUUACCUGAAGAACUCGUGGCUGUUUUCUCUGUUGAAAAAUGACGACCUAAAAACUUCAAAUAGAUUAGUCAAACGACUUGCAAUUCCAGAACAAACAAAGCAAUUCAUCUUCGCUAUCCCUGAUUCCGAUUCCCACGCAGUGGUUUAUAUCCUGGCUGCUCAAAAUCUAUCGGAACAGUCCGCCAUUGAUGCCGAUCAUCUAAUCAAGGAAGUCAAGCCGAACGCCGUCGUCGUCUCCGUCGCUCCAUCAGCUCUCCCUGAAAUCCAGAUCGAGGGGAAAUGCUCGAGCGAAAACCAAAUCAAUCACAUUCCUACUUCCUCCAUUGGCGUUCUAAAAAGAUGUCUUUUUGAGAAGAUAAAGAAGGAGCAGUAUGAUAGCUUUGCUGCCUGUCAGGUCUUGCAGGCAAUUUUCGGGAUUGGAUUUUAUGGACAUUUCUUGUCUGCGAAGAGAGCUGCAGAUGCUGUUGAUUCCCAUUUCCUCUUGCUCGAAUCUCCGUAUGAGAACGCAGGCUCUGAGUCUGUUAAUGAGAGCUCCGCAUUACAUCCACAAACAAAUAGUCUGCUUCCUGGGAAGGUAACUCCAUUGAUGAGCUCGAGCUCUAAGAUGCUUUUUGUUUCUGAUGCUCUUGAAUCAGACAUGGUGAAAUCAUUAACUCCUUCUCUUGAUUUGCUAGUUUCUGGUUUAUUUCUCAACCAACAAGACGAAGAAGGUGUUAUCAGUUCUAACUAUGAGGUUCCUCCAUUCGCUCAAUCAGUUUACUCUUUACUUGUUGAUCUGCAUCACAUAUUCAAAGACCUUCCUGCCAUUGGAAAAGCUCUAUCUUCCGCGCAGAAAAUGCUCGCUGAUGUAAACGAAGGCGAACCAGUCGAUACAAAAACCUUAUCAGUUGUCCAGAACUUCAGAAUUGCCAUCGAAGCCUUGAGAGUCGCAUUAAACAAAGCCGCCCGAAGACCAAUGAACGAACCAGACACCCCAAAAUCCAAACUUGCAGAGUUCUACAAUCUCACCACGGAAGAGAAAUGCCAUGUUUUGUUCGCCCAAGCACUGAAGAAACAAGCCGCAAAUUUUGGAGCGGUGGUAGCCAUUGUGGACGCCGCGAGCCUAGCCGGUCUAAGGAAGCAUUGGAGCACAUCCGUGCCGCCGGAGGUUGCCGACUUGGCUAAUCACUGCGUAACGCAUUACUGUAACGAUCUCGACAACGGCGAAGAAAUUCUUCACGAAAACCAUGAGAAAAUGAAGAUUUUGACAGACAAACCCGUAGUCGCGUUUGGCGCCGGAGCUACCGCUCUGGUCGGAAUAUCUUCUUUCUCGAAAGCAAUGCCGAUUUCCUCAUUGAUCAAAGCUGCUUCUUUUCAUGCUUCCUCUUCCCUCAAGAUUGGAUUACUAAACCUCCAAAGAAAAGCUUUUUUGGGACUCAGUAAAAUGCUCCUCCCAUCGAAACUAAUGGCUCCUGGAAUCAGUACAACAACCAAGUUUGCUGCUUCGGCGGAGAAGAUCAGAGCCGUGACACACAGCAUGAUUUCUGCAGCGGAAAGGACCAGUUUUUUCGCCAUCAGGACUUCGUUAUAUGAAAUAAUGAGGAAGAGGAAGGUAAGGCCGGUUGGGUAUGCUCCAUGGGUGAGCUUUGCCUGCAGCAUGGGUGCUUGUGCGGGGCUUCUGAAUUAUGGCGACGGGAUCGAAUGUGCCGCGGAAUCGGUUCCUUCGGUCUCCAUGAUUGCUUCCUUGGGCCGCGGUCUUCAGGGCUUGAAGGAAGCAUCUGAAGAAGUGAAGGAAAGCAGAGGAAUGAAGGUGCGUGAAGCGUUGCAGUGCUUUGUGCAGUCUGUAAGGAGCUGAAUUUAUGAACUGAAGAUGUGAAUAUUUGUUGGGGAUGAGUUGAUGUGAAUAUUUGUUGGGGAUGAGUUGCAUGAAGCGUUACAGUACUUUCUGCAUUUACAUAUAUACCAUCGGUUGUUUGGGGGAGCUGCAACUUAUUGAAUAAU